AUCUAUAAGACACUGUCACGCUCCUCCACACACCUUUUUCCUUCACAUUUCUCGUUCUCUUUCUCUCUCUCCGAUCGAAGAAACCAUCACACCUUUCUCCUAUAUCUUCUCCACAACCUUCGCUCCCAAUCAAUUCUCCAACAACCACAACUAACCCAUGGCAAAUGCAGCAUCUGGUAUGGCAGUCCAUGAUGACUGCAAGUUAAAGUUUAUGGAACUCAAGGCAAAAAGGACACACCGGUUCAUAGUGUAUAAGAUCGAGGAGAAACAGAAGCAAGUCAUUGUGGAAAAGCUUGGUGAGCCAGCCCAAGGCUAUGAAGAUUUCACUGCAUGCCUUCCUGCUGAUGAGUGUCGUUAUGCUGUUUAUGAUUUUGAGUAUCUGACAGAAGAGAAUGUCCCCAAAAGCAGAAUUUUUUUCAUUGGCUGGUCGCCUGAUACAGCAAGGGUGAGAAGCAAGAUGAUUUAUGCAAGCACCAAAGAAAGGUUCAAGAGGGAGCUGGAUGGAAUUCAAAUAGAGUUGCAGGCAACUGAUCCUACUGAAAUGGGUCUUGACGUGUUCAAAAGCCGUGCCAACUAAAUAAUGAUUCUGAAUAGUACAGGCUUUCUGGUGAGGGAGCUCCCCUUAAGCCUUAGUUAGUCAUAUUGAGAUAUCCAUAGUUUGUGGGUUGGUCAACUUGACUAGGUUAUGGUCUAAAAUUUUCCAAAAUUGUGGCAUAAAGUGUAUUGCACCUUCAACAGGCUUCUCUUGUUCCUGUGUAUUUUGUUAUGAUUUGUGAUUUAUACAAUCUUUUCGUUUGAGUGGCAUUUUAGUAUAUCCUUACUGGGUAAAUUUGUAACUGUUUUGUGUGAUGAUCAGACAACAAAUGGGGUUCGCCUUUUUUAAUAUUGACACUAGUCAUUCACUAAUGCCUUUUGACUUCAGUAAUUUCAUUUUUUUGUUUUUCUGGUA